AUGCUGGUGACCUAUUUGGAAGCCAGCCGGGACCUUUGCGAUACGGACUCAAUUCUCUUUGGCACCGCACUGGCAGUCUGCCGUAUUAUAGGCGCCAAACUUUCCACGGCUGGACGCACUACUGGACAAAGUAGUGCUAUCCCAGCCUGGAGAACAAGAAUUAAAGAACGUAUCGCAAAGGCUAGGGCCCUCAUCGGCAGACUGAUAUGCUUCAGGUCAGGCAAUACCAGGCCAAGGAUUGUGCGCACCGUCAGGAUGGCGUUUGCUGGGACAAGUGUUAGUUUGUCCCAGCCGGAUAUAAUGCAAAAAACUGACGGAGCGCAUAGACGACCUGAAGCAGAGAAUCGCUGCUUGGGGAAAGCGAAUUCGGCGAUAUACCGAGAGGUCGACACGGUUCAACCAGAAUCGUCUCUUCCAGAGUGA